UCGAGGAGAAGAUCUUCACUUUUGUAAAGAACGAGCUGCAGAGAUUUAAACAAAGCUUUAGUCCAGACUCCAAGGAAAACUUCAGCAAAAUAUCAGAGGACGAAACUGAUGCCAGAGAAGGAGCUCUCAAGAUGGCGCUGCACUUCCUUCGCAAGAUGGAGUACCAGGAUCUUGCUGAUAAACUGAAUGAAAAUGAGUUGAACUUGGGUUGUCAGAAUUACUUGAAAAGAAAUCUUAAAAACAAGUACCAGCAUGUGUUCGAAGGCAUUGCCAAACAUGGAAGCUCUGUUCUGCUGCAAAAGAUCUACACAGAUCUCUACAUCACAGAGGGAGGAAGUGGGAAAGUCAAUGAGGAUCAUGAAGUCAGACAGAUUGAGUCCAAGUUCAAGAGUUUAGCUUGGCAGGACAAACCUAUCAAGUGUGCCGACAUCUUUAAACCCUUUAAACCCUCUCCUGAUCAACACAAACCAAACAGAAGAGUUCUCACAAAGGGGGUGGCUGGCAUUGGCAAAACUAUCUCUGUGCACAAGUACAUCCUAGACUGGGCCGAGGGAAACAACAACCAAGAGAUCAAUUUCAUCUUCCCACUAUACUUUAGGGAGCUCAACCACAUGAGAAACAAGAAGUUCUCUUUGAUGGACCUUCUUUACUGCUUCUUUCCAGAGCUUAAGCAGCUUACCGUUGACAUCCAGAAUAAAUUCAGAGUGUUGUUUGUCUUUGAUGGUCUGGAUGAGUGUCGACUCCAACUAAACUUUCAUGCAAAUGAAAGUGUGCACGAUAUAAAAGUCGUCAAAUCAUUGGAUGUCCUCUUGACAAACCUACUGUUAGGUAAUCUGUUCCCAUCUGCUCUAAUCUGGAUAACCUCCCGACCAGCAGCAGUUGGCAAAAUCCCUCCUCAGUGUAUUGACCUGGUGACAGAAGUGCAAGGAUUCAAUGACUCCCAAAAGGAAGAGUACUUCAGGAAGAAGAUCAAUGAUAAGAGUCUUGCCAGCGGAAUCAUAUCACACAUUAAAUCAUCAAGGACCCUCUACAUCAUGUGCCACAUACCUGUGUUCUGCUGGAUUGCUGCUACUGUUCUUGAGAUUAUUCUUUCUUCUGGACAUACACAGAUCCCAAAGACUUUGACAGAAAUGUACACAUUCUUCCUGAUUUUUCAAACAAGACAGAAGAACAUUAAAUUUGACAAUGUCCAUGACCUUGAGCCACAAUGGAACCAUAAGCUGAUCCGAAAUCUGGGAAAGCUGGCCUAUAAACAGUUAGAAAAGGGAAAUCUGAUCUUUUAUGAAGACGACCUCAGGGAGUGUGGCAUUGAUGUCAAAGAUGCAGCAGUGUACUCAGGAGUAUGCACCCAGAUCUUCCGAGAAGAAUCAGGGAUCUUUCUGGGAACAGUGUUCUCCUUUGUGCACCUCAGUAUCCAGGAGUAUCUUGCUGCCCUGUAUGCAUUUCUGAAGAUGGCAUUUGGAAGGAAAGACGUAAUAUCAACAGCCCCUCAAAAAGCAGAGUCCAUGAUCCUCUUGCAUAAGAGUGCUGUGGACAAAGCUUUGGCUUAUGAAGAUGGACGCUUUGACCUUUUCCUCCGUUUCCUUCUUGGCCUCUCUCUGGACUCAAAUCAGUCUCUCCUGCAUGGUCUGAUCAGUAGAGGACAGGUGGGCAUCAAGGGGAAGAUCAGGACUGCUCUUGGCCUAGCUGGCCAUCAAGGUCAACUGGAGAAAUGGCAGAUGGACAAUGACGAAACAAUCAGGUACAUUAAGGACAAGAUAAAGGAUGCUUCCUCAUCAGAAAGAAUGAUCAACCUCUUCCACUGCUUGAAUGAACUCAAUGACCACUCCUUAGUGGAGGAGAUCCAGAGGUUCUUGAAUGCAGGCAACCUGUCUGAAGCCCAGCUUUCGCCUGGCCAAUGGUCAGCUCUAGUGUUUGUGCUGCUGACAUCAGACCAGAAUCUGGAUGUGUUUGACUUGAAGAAGUACGUCAGAUCUGAUGAAGCUCUCCUGAGAUUAAUGCCAGUAGUAGAGGAAUCCCACACAACUCUGGUUGAUAGCUGUGGGCUCACUAAAACGAGUUGCAAAACACUUGCCUCCAUGAUCUGCAAGCAAUCAUCAAAGCUGAGAAAUCUGGAUCUCAGUGGAAACCAUAUUGGAGAUGGCGGAGUCAAGAGGCUGUGUAGUGGCCUGAGGAACCCAAACUGUUCACUGGAGACCCUGAGAUUGUCAGACUGCAGCAUAAGAGGAAAGGGAUAUGAUGCUCUGGCCACAGCUGUCAAAUCAAACCCUUCACACCUGGAGGAGCUGGACCUGAGAGGAAACGACCCUCGACAUGCUGAACUGAAGCUCCUCAUUGAUUUACUGCAGGAUCCUGCCUGUAAACUCAAGAGUCUGAGGGUGUUGAGCAGUGAUACAGCAGAUGAAGCCCUUGCGUAUCUGACUGCAGUUCUGGGUGGAAACCCCUUACUGCUGACAGAACUGGACCUGAGAGGGAAGAUACCAGGAGACUCAGGAGUGAAGCAGUUCUGUGCUCUACUGGAGGAUUCACAAUACAGAGUGGAAAAACUGAGGCUUGGUAACUGCAGUAUAACGGGAGAGGGCUGUGCUGCUCUGAUUUCUACACUGACAUCAAACCCAUCACACCUGAAAGAGCUACAUUUGAAUGAUAAUGUAAUUGGAGACUCUGGUUUGAAGCAGAUCUCUACUCUACUCAGGAAUCCAGAUUGUAAACUACAAAGACUGGGGCUUGGUAACUGUAGUAUAACAGAAGAGGGCUGUGCUGCUCUUGCUUCAGCUCAAACAUCAAACCCCUCAUCACACCUGAUAGAACUGGAUCUGGAUAAUAAUAAACUAGGAGACUCUGGUGUGAAGCAGAUCUCUACUCUACUCAGGAAUCCAUGCUGUAAACUACAGACACUGGGCUUGUCAGACUGUGGUGUAACAGGAGAAGGAUAUGCUGCUCUGGCUGCAGCUCUCAAAUCAAACCCUUCACACCUGGAGGAGCUGGACCUGAGGGGAAACAACCAUGGACACUCUGAAGUGAAAUUACUCACUGAUUUACUAGAGGAUCCUGCCUCUAAACUACAGAGACUAAGGCUGUUGAGUAGUGAUGCAGCAGAUGCAGCCCUGGCGAUCAAUUUUUUCAGCAUGCAACUCUUCCUGCAUCUUGAAAAGUAUGCUGCUCUGGCAUCAGCUCUCAAAUCAAACCCUUCACACCUGGAGGAGCUGGACCUGAGAGGAAACGACCCUGGACACUCUGGAGUGGAGCUCCUUAUGUCAGCACUGACCAAUCAGAAGUGCAAACUCAGGUUGUUGUCUGAUGAAGCAGAGAGAGCCUGUGAGUAUCUGACUUCAGUUCUGGAUGAAAACCCCUUACUCCUGACAGAGCUGGACCUGGAUGGGAAGAUAUCAGGAGACUCAGGAGUGAAGCAGUUCUGUGCUCUACUGGGGGAUUCACACUGCAGAGUCAAGACACUCUGGCUUGAUGGCUGCAGUAUAACAGCAGAGGGCUGUGCUGCGCUGGUCUCAGCUCUAUCAUCAAACCCAUCACACCUGACAGUGCUGGAUCUGGAUAAUAAUAAACUAGGAGACUCUGGUGUGCAGCAGAUCUCUACUCUACUCAGGAAUCCAGACUGUAAACUACAGACACUGGGGUGA